AUGAGAUUCUUGAUACAGAUGUGCCUUAUAUUUGCUAUCCACCAUGAGUUUUUGACAAGAGUCCCACCAGGCGUGCCAAAAGUGUUGGCUAGCGCAAAUCUCAACGCCUGGUGCUCCGGGCGGAGGGGAUGUGCAUUAACACGUGACGUCCUUCUUCUGGAUACGGUGCGGUUGUGCGCAGGCGUGCCAGCACGGUCUACCAUGCGUCGAGAUGGUGAUGAGGUUUGGGUAGAAGAUGGUUAA